AUGGCGACGAAGUCAGAAAUCCUAUUCCACCACCAUGGCCGCUUCAGAGUAGCAGGGGGAGUGCUGCCUGAUGCGGUCACCGCAUACCAGACGUACGGAGACCCUGCGAACCCGUGCAUUGUGUACCCCACUUGCUAUGGGGCGCAAUUGAGACUGGAUAGUCAGUCAUAUUUGGUCGGUGAGGGCAAGGCUUUGGAUCCGACGAAGUACUUCGUGGUUACGUUCGCAUUGUUUUGCAAUGGCGAGUCGUCGUCACCUUCGAAUACGCCGACGCCGUACAACGGGCCAUAUUUCCCUGAUAUUUCCUACGAGGACAAUAUCCGCGCUCAGUUUGCCGUUCUCACCAAAGUACUCGGCGUGAAACACGUCCAUUGCGUCGUGGGUUUCUCUAUGGGAGGGCAACAGGCGUACCAUUGGUCUGUUGUUUAUCCCGACUUCGUCGACAAAAUUGUCGCGAUUUGUUCGUCAGCUCGUACGAGCCCCCAUAACAAAUGCUUCCUCGAGGGACCUAAACACGCCAUGAUAUCCGCGAAGGACUUCUUUGAUGGGCACUACAGUUCAGUUCCUCAAGUUGCAAUAAGGGCAUUUGCUCGGGCAUACUGCGCGUGGGCCUAUGGACAGGCGUUUUUCCGUCAACAUUUAUACACCUUUGACGGACUCUAUCCGUCCCUUGAAGAGUUCCUUCGUGAGGGCUGGGAAGCUCGCUACAUUCAGUACUGGGAUGCAAACGACAUGAUUGCGCUCCUCGAAACGUGGCAGAGAGGAGACGUCUCCCUUAUUCGCGACGGAGGGAACUACGAAAAUUGCCUCAAAAGUAUCAAGGCGAAGGUAUUACUUCUGCCCUGCAAGACCGACCUCUAUUUUUGCCCCGAAGACAGCGAGGUCGAGGCGUCGCUCUUGAAAGAUGUGAAACUGAGAAUUAUCGACAGCGUCUGGGGUCAUGUCGCCGGCGGGAGUGCGGACCCGAGAGCCGUUGCAUUCGUGACGGCUAAUAUCAAAGAGUUCCUAGAGUAA